GAGUCUCUCUGGGGAGAGAGAGGAGGGCAGCCAAUUCUCUAAAAUGAGUCUCUCUGGGGAGAGAGAGGAGGGCAGCCAAUUCUCUAAAAUGAGUCUCUCUGCGGAACAUGACACCAACGUUAAGAGGGGUCAGUGCUCUAAAAUGAGUCUCUCUGGGGAGAGAGAGGAGGGGGGCCCUGCCUCUAAAAUGAGUCUCUCUGGGGAGAGAGAGGAGGGGGGCCCUGCCUCUAAAAUUCAUCUCUCUGAGGGACAUGACACCAAAGAUAAGAGACCAAUCAAGCAGGAGAGACCAGCCUCCCCUGUUCCCAGCUGUGUGUCCAUGAAGAGUGACUGGUCUAUGGUUCAUCCUUUACAGUUUAGAGAGGGAGACUUUUCUACUGAACAAAGACCAAUCAAGCAGGAGAGACCAGCCUCCCCUGUUCCCAGCUGUGUGUCCAUGAAGAGUGACUGGUCUAUGGAUCGUCCUAUACACUUUAGAGAGGGAGACUUUUCUACUGAACAAAGAAACCAACAGGAGAGAUCAGAGUCAGAGAUUCUCAGUGGUCAGUCUUCCCAGAGUCAUCAAACAGACCUGGCCUCCAUAUUCAGUAUGCUUGAAGAUAAAAUUAUGACAUUUGUGAAGAACGAGCUGAAGAUGUUCAAGAGGAUUCUUAGUCCAGAAUUCCCAGAAGGCUUUGAGAGUCAGAAACAGGAUAAGGAAGUGGUGGAUGCUGAAGAUGAGAAGCAGGAGAGCAGUGCCAGAGAGGGGGCUCUGAAGAUCACACUGCACAUCCUGAGGAAAAUGAACCAGAAGGAGCUUGCUGACACACUGGAGAAAUGUAAGAUCUGUCUGCCUCAUGUUGAAUGAUGUUUUAUAACAUUU